UUCGUUUGACCCAAACAAACGCCGCUCAGCGUUCACACACGUGACAACUUUUAGGAUUAUAGUGUUUUCGUCGUAUUGCCUGCUUUCGUCUUUUGAAAUGCAGUUUCAGUAACCGUCGUAAAGUUGUACGAAGCUGAGGACUUGUGCCUAGCUCGCUAGCUAGCUAGUUUGCCGGGUGACUGUAAAAACUGUAUGAUGCUGCUCACACAGAGGUGUUUUCAGUGUGUGACAGCGGUCAGAAACACACGCGUUAAACUGCAGCUCAGCGCCGCCGUUAUAAGAUGGUGCUCCACGGUUCAGGGGGAAGUGAGGGUCAGGUUUGCACCCAGUCCGACAGGUUUCUUACACCUCGGAGGCCUCCGAACUGCUCUCUAUAAUUACAUCUUUGCCAAGAAGUACGGAGGCUCGUUUAUCCUGCGACUGGAGGACACUGACCAGAGCAGGCUGGUGCCUGGAGCUGCAGAGUCCAUAGAGGACAUGCUGGAGUGGGCCGGUGUACCUCCAGAUGAGAGUCCUCGUCAAGGUGGCCCGGUGGGUCCUUACCUGCAGUCUCAGAGAUUAGACCUCUACAGUCAGACAGCCCAGCAGCUUGUGGAGAGUGGUCAUGCCUACUACUGUUUCUGCACCCCUCAGAGACUUGACCUGCUCAAAAAAGAGGCCUUGCGGUCUGGACAGACACCUAGGUAUGAUAACAGGUGUCGUCACCUGCGGGCCAAGCAGGUCCAGGAGAAACUGGCUCAUGGAGUGCCACAUGUGAUCAGGUUUCGUCUGGAAGCAGGCGUCGAGGCCUUUCAGGACCUGGUCUUUGGAUUGAAUCAUCAUGACGUGGCCCAGGUGGAGGGAGACCCUGUAGUGAUAAAAGCAGAUGGUUUUCCUACCUAUCACCUCGCAAACAUAGUGGAUGAUCAUUACAUGAGGAUCAGCCAUGUGCUGCGUGGGUCUGAGUGGCUCAUCUCCACCUCCAAACAUCUCCUCAUGUACCGUGCUCUUGGAUGGAAGCCGCCCACGUUUGGACAUCUGCCGCUUUUGAUGAACAAAGACGGCAGCAAGCUGUCCAAAAGGCAGGGGGACAUAUUCAUUCAAAAAUUCCAGAGAGACGGAGUCCUGCCGGAGGCUCUGCUGGAUAUCACAACCAACUGUGGAUCCGGAUUCAACUCCAAUCGAAUUGGGCGGAGGAUAGAUGAACUGAUCUCUGAGUUUAAUCCUUCAAAGAUCACAACACAUUCUGCUCUGUUAGACCUGGAAAAACUACCAGAGUUCAACAGAAUUCACCUGCAACACCGCAUUGAGGAUGAGGAGCAGUGCCAUUCGUUGAUAAAAGAUCUGCAGGAACAGAUCCAACAGACCUAUACAGCAGAGAUCCAGGAUAACGAAGUACUGCAUGACGAUUAUAUCAGGCGGGUGCUACAUCUUCGCAAGGGCCACAUAUCCUCCCUGAAGGAGCUUGUUAGUCCUGCUUACGCUUACCUGUGGGUGCGUCCUUCCUUCUCCAGCCAGCAGGUGGCAGCACUCACUGCAGAGGCCCAGCACAUUGCUUCAUUAGUACUCAAAUUAAUAGCUGAACGAGGCGAGGAGCUGGAAGUGGAUCGACUCAGUGACGAUCUGAAGACUUUGGCUAAGCAGACCAAAGCCACCAAAUACAGAGAAGUGAUGAAGCUGUUACGUCUGGCCCUCAGCGGCCUGCAGCAAGGGCCCAGUGUAGCGGAGAUGAUGGUGUCUUUGGGGCCUGCAGAGAUCAGCCAUCGAUUCCAGAAACUUGUGCUGCUCUCGGAGUCUAGUUAAAGACCGGACAGCCUGUCACCUCCCAGGCUGGUGGGAACCUGACGCAGACUGGAGCUGCUGUAUGUUAAGGAUUACAUGCAACCGCUUGGUGAUUCUGCCAAAGCUAACAGGGACACAUUCAAAAUGAACUGCACCCCGCUGAUAUAAGUUAAACAAUACUUGAAUUAUUACAAAUGUUUUAUAAAAGAGAUGGAAACUGUUUUUACUCACAUGGUCUGUUUGUUUUAUUCAGUUCUGUGAGACUUUACAGGAGCAGAUGACCCAACAGGCUACAGAUGGGAAGUACCUUGGUAUUUUUAUGCAAAUGUUCUUGCACUUUCUCCUCUAAAUCAUUUUUUUUAACGAACUACAACAGACAGAUGUGUGUGCAUUCACAAGGAAAACAUGGAGUCAUGAAUACCAAACUCUUUUGCUUUAAGGCAGUCCUGUGCUGGAUGCAUUUAAGAAAAGUAUUAGAUGAUUUUGAGUGAAGCAAAAGCAUUUUUAAGUAGUAUUUUUGCUACUCAAUAUGUCCACUUCACUACAGUUCAGAAGCAAAUAUUGUAGUUUUUACUCCACUACAUUUGUUUGACAGCUGUAGUUAAUAAUUUCUUCACUGUUUAAGAUUUUACAUCCUGAAUUAAACUACUGACAGUAGUUAAAACUAGCUCCAAGUUCAACCAGCUACAACAGUAAAAUGCUGUUUUCACAAUAAUGCAACUGUGGUAAGAAUUCAGUAAUAUAAUACAUAAUAAUGCAACACUGACAGGGGUCAGUUAUAAGUUUGAUAAGUACAUUUGCUUUUUUUUUUUUUGAUACUUGUAGUAUUUUACAGUGCAAACAUACUCCAAAAUACUACUAUUAAGUAAAUGAUACUUCACCACUGUUGAGCCAUAAAGGCAUAAAAAUUCGCAAACAAUACUGGAAAGGCUUAAAGUGUAACUUGCAGGGAGGAAGUAUUCAGACACUUAAUUAAAGAAGCAACACCAAACUGCAGAACUGCUCCUAAGUGCCACUUAAAACAGCGAAAAGUGGAAGCAGUCAAGCAUUAUCAGCAAAGUGUAUGAAAAAUAGUACUCAUUAUGCAGCAGAAUGGCCUCAGUGAGAGAUAGAUAUUUAAUAUUUACAUAUUACUACAGUUCAUUAAAAUAUAAUCAGUGGUGAAAGUAUGUUUGAACACUAAAGUACUGUACUUAAGUACAAUUUUGAAGUACUUGUACUUGACUAUUUCCAUUUUCUGCAACUUAAUACUUGCAUGCCACUACAGUUCAGAGGCAGGUAUUAUACUUUGUACUCCACUGCAUUUAUUGAGGACUUUACAAUAUAAUACGUUAUUUUAGAAGCUUGUCAUAUGUUUUGUGUCUAAAAUCAUAAUCUAGUGUAAACAAAACACAGUAGAAAUAAGA